AAGCGCUGGCCAGCGAGGUCCCAGCGCGUGUGGGGGGCGGCUCCCGCCAUGGAGCACGUCACGGAGGGCUCGUGGGAGUCGCUGCCGGUGCCUCUGCACCCGCGGGUGCUGGGCGCGCUGCGGGAGCUGGGCUUCCCUUCCAUGACGCCGGUGCAGUCCGCCACCAUUCCUCUGUUCAUGAGAAACAAAGACGUGGCUGCGGAAGCGAUCACGGGCAGUGGCAAAACGCUGGCUUUCCUCAUCCCCCUCCUGGAAAUUCUUCUGCGAAGGGAAGAGAAGUUGAAGAAGCAUCAGGUGGGAGCCAUCAUCAUCACCCCGACGCGGGAGCUGGCCAUCCAGAUCGAUGAGGUCCUCUCGCACUUCACCAAGCACCUCCCGCAGUUCAGCCAGAUCCUCUGGAUUGGAGGCAGGAAUCCUGGCGAGGACGUGGACAGGUUCAAGCAACAAGGCGGACACAUCGUUGUGGCGACUCCGGGCCGUCUGGAGGACAUGUUCAGGAGAAAGGCCGAGGGCUUGGAUCUGGCCAGCUCCGUGAAGUCCCUGGACGUCCUGGUGCUGGAUGAGGCCGACCGACUCCUGGACAUGGGCUUUGAGGCAAGCAUCAACACCAUCCUGGAGUUCCUGCCGAAGCAGAGAAGAACGGGCCUCUUCUCCGCCACACAGACGCAGGAGCUUGAGAGCCUGGUGAGAGCCGGCCUGCGGAACCCUGUGCGCAUCUCGGUGAAGGAGAAGGGCGUGGCGGCCAGCAGCACCCAGAAGACCCCGUCCCGCCUGGAGAACUCCUACAUGGUGUGUAAGGCCGACGAGAAAUUCAAUCAGCUGGUGCAUUUUCUUCGCAGUCACAAGCAGCAGAAACAUCUCAUCUUCUUCAGCACCUGCGCCUGCGUGGAGUACUACGGGCAGGCCCUGGAGGCCCUGGUCAGGGGGGUGCAGGUCCUGUGCAUUCACGGCAAGAUGAAGCACAAACGCAACAAGAUCUUCCUCGAGUUCCGCAGCUUGCCCAGCGGGGUCCUGGUGUGCACGGAUGUGAUGGCCCGCGGCAUAGACAUUCCCGAGGUGAACUGGGUUCUGCAGUACGACCCCCCAAGCAGCGCAAGCGCAUUCGUGCACCGCUGUGGACGCACAGCUCGCAUCGGCCGUGGAGGCAGCGCCCUUGUGUUCCUCCUGCCCAUGGAAGAGUCCUAUGUCAAUUUCCUGGCAAUCAACCAAAAAUGCCCCCUGCAGGAGAUGAAACUCCAGAAGAACACAGCGGACCUCCUGCCCAAGCUGAGGGCCAUGGCCCUGGCCGACAGGGCUGUGUUUGAAAAGGGCAUGAAAGCGUUCGUGUCCUACGUCCAGGCUUACGCGAAGCACGAGUGCAGCCUCAUCUUCAGGUUGAAGGACCUGGACUUCGCCAGCCUGGCUCGAGGCUUUGCCCUGCUGAAGAUGCCCCGGAUGCCAGAGCUUCGGGGGAAGCACUUCCCAGACUUCGUGCCUGUGGAUGUGGACACAGACACCAUCCCGUUUAAAGACAAAAUCAGAGAAAAGCAGAGGCAGAAACGGCUGGAACAAAGAGAGAAAACUGAAAGUGAAGGCAGGAGAAAGUUCACGAAGAACAAAGCUUGGUCAAAGCAGAAGGCCAAAAGGGAGAAGAAGAAGAAAAUGAGUGAGAAAAGGAAAAGGCAGGAGGGCUCCGACAUCGAAGAGGAGGACAUGGAGGAACUUCUGAAUGACACGAGGCUCUUGAAGAAGUUAAAGAAGGGCAAAAUUACUGAAGAAGAGUUCGAGAAGGGGGUGUUGACAAGCGGCAAGAGGAGGAGUGUGGCAGUGGACUCGGAGAGCUCCGCCUCGGAGGGCACCUCCUGACGCCUGCAUGC